AUGAAAGAAUCUCGGAUUCUUACAUUCAAAUACAAGGCUGCAGUCACUGCGCUUUUUGGAAAGACUUCGGCAGAUCGAAUACUGCAUCAUGCUCAAACCUUAGUAGCUGAAUUGGUAGCUGACAGCCAGGUGAAUGAUGCCGAGCACCGCCCAAUUAUUUUCAUAUGCCAUUCACUGGGGGGUGUCAUUGUAAAACGGGCACUUAUAUACUCAUACAGCCGAACCAGUAAAGCCGUUGAGCACCUCCAUUCAAUCUUCGUAUCCACGUAUGGCAUAUUAUUCAUGGGAACUCCACAUAAUGGAAGUAGCUUGAUGAGUUUGGCAUCCAUGGGUCGACGAAUGAUAGACGCCCUGAUGCCGUCCAAGGUACUCAGCACGGAUGGACAGUUGCUUGACGCACUGAAGGAAGGAUCCGAAACUCUCCAUAACAUCACGGAUAUGUUCGCCCCAUUGAUGAAGCAUUUUCGAAUCUACUUCUUCUGGGAGCAACAGAAGACGGAUUUUGGAACGAAGUUAGACUACGUCGUAGAAAGCUCAUCUGCUGCCCCGAUCCUCGACAACAUUGAGAGAGCUGGAUUGCCCUACGAUCAUUCGAAUAUGUGCAAAUUUGCUUCUCGAUCUGCGGGAGGAUACACUAUUGUUGUAGCAGCAUUAAUUCGAUAUUCGAAAGAUGCUCCGAGUAUAAUAUCGCGGAGAUGGGAUAACGCAGCAGUGAUGUUCAGGUCGGCGCGAAAGAACGAGGCCGCGGAAUUGUGCGAUUAUGGCAUCGGAAUGGAUUGA